AUGGUAUUUUCGAAGGAGUUAGGUUAUGAUCCCGAUGAAUGGGAAGAAUGUUCAGAUUCUGAUCAAUUCAUGCUGUUUGGUUUUACCACCAGAAUGUUCCUUUCUCUUACCUCUAUCAUCUUUACAAUUCUCUUUUUCUGGUUUCUUAAAGCUCGAAAACAACAUGAUAAAUUGUAUGAAGCGGAAAAUCUUCCCUCUAAGGAUGAAAGCAAAGAAAAAGCGGAUGAAUUGGAAAUGGUAAAGAAAAGAUUGGAAAAAUUGCAGCAAAUGGAAACAAAUUUCAGCAAGGAGGAAACGGAAGCGUUGGAGGAAUGGCAACGGAAAGUGGCACGAAUGGAGGAAUUACGAUUACAGGAUUUAAUUGAGCAUGUAAUAGAUGCAUCCGGGACGAUAUCUGAAAUUGAAACGGAAUCGCAACUUAUUAAUUGUUAUCAUUUGAUCCAAGAGCAGUACUUCUUCAGGUUAAUCGAUCAAGCACCUUCAACGAUGCCAUCAAACAAAUUUACCGUUCCAGCUGCAAUUCAUUCGGCACCUUACACGGAGGAUGUUAUUGCAAGCAUUCAGGAUGCAGCAAAUACUAUUAUAAUAGGCAACGAACGAGAAAAUGGGAGUGUUAGCAGCACGAAUGAUUGGGAGGCUCCCGCUCAAUCGGUAACUCUUGGACAUUUUCUGGAAUUUUUUGUCGAACGAGUUCAAGAAUUUCUUUACAAGCCGACUAAUGAUCAGAAUAUUCGUGCAUCAAUUGAGAACGAUGGUGAUUUUGUGAAAAUUUACAAGGAUGAACUACAAAAGAGUGGUACCGGAAUGUUGCAAGAACAAAAUCGACAAAUAACUGACACAGUAACAUCAACAUUUCCUAAUAUUCCCAUUCAGAAUACAUUGGAUGAAAGACAACAACCAAUGAUGACAACUGAAUUAUCAUCUAAUCAGUUAGCUGUUGCGAUGGCAACUGAGUUAUCAUCUGAGCAAUUAUCUGUUCCAAUGAUUGCAGCAGAUUACAACAUGCAAGAAAAUCAACAGGAAAAGCUAUUACAAAAACCUGAUAUAUAUGAAUUAAUUCCAACAACAACAAUAACAACAACAGCAACAACAGCAACAACA